AUGCACUCCGUCGAAGUCCUUGGCCUCUUGGCCGCUACCGCUUUACCACUUGUCUCCGCCCACGGCUACCUCGAAAACGCCAUCAUCGGCGGUAAGACCGUCUUCGUUGGCAGUCCGAACUGGAUGUACCCGGGUCAGAACCCAGCGCAGCAACCAGGCUGGUACGCGUACAACCAGGAUGACGGCUUCGUCUCCCCAUCCUCCUACCAGAACCCGGACAUUGUCUGCCACAAGAAUGCCACACCAGGCAACAGCUACCUCACCUUGACAGCCGGCACGACGAUCGGUCUACAGUGGAACACCUGGCCCGAUGGGCACCACGGUGAUGUCCUCAACCAGAUGGCUGCUGUGUCUGGCGAUUUCUCCACCAUUGACAAGACUGCUUUGAAUUUCUUUGCCGUUGAGCUGGACGGAUGGCACAGUGGUUCUAACCCUGGACUGUGGGCCACUGAUACUCUUAUCGCCAACAACUUCACUGGCAUGCUCACCAUUCCGGCCAACCUUGCCCCAGGCAACUACGUCCUCCGCCACGAGAUCAUAUCUCUCCACGCCGCAAACAAUGCCGGUGGAGCACAGAACUACCCAAUGUGUGUCAACGUGAAGGUCGUCUCGUCCGGCACGGCCACACCCUGUGCCGGCGGGGCCGACUGCCGUGUGGGAGAGAAGCUUUACAACGCCGCUGACCCGGGUAUCAACUUCAACCUCUACCAGUCUUUCAACUCCUACGUUACCCCCGGUCCAGCCGUCUGGAGUGAGUUGCCAAGCGCCACUCAUCGUGCUUAUAGAAUCAAUAGCUGA